AUGAUUUUUUUGAUACCUUCUGAAAAUCGAACAAUUUGGUUCCCAUUUGCUUCGCUAAAUGAUGUUCCCGAAAAUUUGCGAUUUUUUGUGAUCUUUGAAUUAUUUUUGAAUAUAUUCUGUGGUUUUCUAAUUCUUCGAUGUGUCAAAGUUAUGCUAACUUCAAGAGUGAUUCAUUUGAAUCUGAGCUUGAUUAUUUGUUUAUUAUGGCUACAGUGGUUUGAGGUACUCUUCGCGAAAAUUAUAAUUAUUCCCUAUCAAUAUGGAUUCAUCGAUUUUCCAUCAAUAACAUCUUGGUGGACUCUAGAUUCAGGGGAGAUGAAGGAAUUUGAAAAUUUUAAAGAUGUGCUUUGGUUGUAUGUUGCAGCUCUGUUACUUUGGCAUUAUUUGAAUUCAGUUUUGAUUGGAACAGGUGGAGUUGUUAUUGAAAGGUUGUUUGCGACAUAUUUUAUAAAGUUUGUUGGUUUUGAGGAAUUUUUAUAUAUAAAAUGUGAAACUUUUCAGUGACUACGAGCAGAAAUCAAGAAAACAAAUCCCGAUUCUGAUUCUCACCACAACUCAUAUAUUUUCAAUAACAUUUUCAAUUCUCUCAAUCGAAUCGAAACUUCCACUAACAUUUGCAUUCGGUCUUUCGAUCUUUAUAAUGAUCACAUUUUUUUCGGUAACUUCAAAACUUCUCAAACAAAUUUCAAAAUUUUUUUUUUGUUCCAGGCAUAUUUCAUAGUUCUAUUCAUCAAUCAGCAUUUCGAGAGGCGGCCAAAAUUUUCAUUGAGUCAAAAAUUUCAAGUGAAUGAAAACUUGCGAGCCCUGAAAAUGUUUCGAAAAUUUGUGUGGAUUUUGAGUGGCUACAUUUUCCUAGCUGCCGGGCUCUUUCUUUUGCUCAUUUUUAAACUUGCACCAUUUCCAGCGCUGACAAGUCAUGUUUUAGAAGAUUUGAUCUAUUUGUGAGUUCCACUAACUGUAUUGAAAAAAGUUUGAAUUUAGAAAUCAUAUAUUCUUCGUUCCUGGUUUGAUUUAUUGCUCAGAUCAAUGGCAUCAAGAAUUCUGGAGUUUUCUACCAUUUCGAAAAAGGAAAAUCAAUCAAACACCAACAAUUAUUAAACAUAAUGAUGAAGCACAAAUUUAUUUUACACAAUUAAAAAACGCGUGGAUCUAG